UGUUGGUGGAUCAAGAGAAGGUAAUCCUUCCAAGUUCUAUUUAUGUAUGAUUUACACACUCUUACAGAAUGCAUACGUACUUUUAAUGUGAUCUUUUAAUAGGAGAGGAAGAAACUAGUCUAUCAGGCUUGUGAGGAAAGACGUCAAAAGGUUUGUUUAUAAUAAAUGAGUUUGAUAAACUAGCUGAAGGUUUUUUUUUUUUUUUUUUUUUUUUUUUUUAAUGAGAGAUCACAUUUCAGGCUAUUGAGGCAAGACGUUGGCGAAUGUCUGCAUGUGAGGAACCCUCAGAUGGGGUGUUGAUCAAAUUUAAAUAUCCAAAUGGGCACACCAAUAUGAGGAAAUUCCGCUUGUCGGAGCCAAUCCAGGUGAUGUGUGUUCAGCUUGAGAAAAUAUCAAGUGUCUUCUCAGUGGUUCAGUGGGUUGUAAAACUUGACUGUUUCACAUCUUUUUAGAUCUUGUUUGACUUUGUGGGGCAAGAUGAUAUUGCCAGUGAAAUCUUUGUGGUGCAAGAAGCUGCAUCAUCAAGAUCAGUUGAGAGCAGUUCCUCCGGGUCAAUAAUGGAUUAUGGCAUAAAAGCAUCCUCAACUCUAUAUGUGCUUUGGUUUUCAAAUAAGGAUGUACAGGAAAUUCUCUCAGAUCAACAAAAUGAUGGAGCUUAUGCCCUACACCAUACAUCUCAUGGUCAGUCAUCACUGUCUGAGACCUCCACCCAGCCAAGUCUCUCUGUGCCCUCUUUCCAGCCACCGCUGUCUGAGCCCUCAACCCGCUCACUGCUGUCUGAGACCUCCACCCAGCCAAGUCUCUCUGUGCCCUCUUUCCAGCCACUGCUGUCUGAGCCCUCCACCCAGCCAAGUCUCUCUGUGCCCUCUUUCCAGCCACCGCUGUCUGAGCCCUCCACCCGCUCACCACUGUCUGAGACCUCCACCCAGCCAAGUCUCUCUGUGCCCUCUUUCCAGCCACUGCUGUCUGAGCCCUCCACCCGCUCACUGCUGUCUGAGCCCUCCACCCGCUCACUGCUGUCUGAGCCCUCCACCCGCUCACUGCUGUCUGAGACCUCCACCCAGCCAAGUCUCUCUGUGCCCUCUUUCCAGCCACCUGCUGUCUGA